AUGAAAGUUAGUCGUCGUAGUCAACGAGUGACUAAAGUUAUAACUGAAACAAUAUCAAAAAAACUUCAAACUAAAAAAAUUAAAACAAAAUCUAUUAAAAUUGAAAAACAAGAACUUAUUAUAAAUUCCAAUGAAGAAAAUCUUUCUAUUUUACGAAAUGCUGCUAAACUUGUUCAUUUAACUGGCAUGAAAAUUGGUUAUCCAUGUUUAUGUACAAGUCUUUGUACACCAAGUCAUACAUUUCGUUUAGCUAAUUAUACAAAUGAAAAAUUUCUUGAAAUAACAAAUCAAAAUUUAAUAUGUUUACAAAAAAUUCUUGAAUAUAAUAUUCAAUAUGGUUUUUAUUUUUUUCGUAUUUCAUCACAAACAGUUCCAUUUGCUAGUCAUUCUAUAUGUAAAAUUGAUUGGGCAAAAUAUUUUUCAUCAACAUUACGUCAAAUAGGUCAAUAUAUAAAAGAUCAUGAUUUUCGUAUAAGUAUGCAUCCCGAUCAAUUUUGUUUAAUUAAUGCUAAAGAUGGAAAUAUUAUUAAUAGAAGUAUUGCUGAACUUAAUUAUCAUUGUCGAUUAUUGGAUGAAAUGAAUUUAGAUUCAAAUGCAAAAAUACAAAUUCAUGUUGGUGGUUUGUAUGGUGAUAAAAUGGCAUCAAUGGAUCGAUUUAUUGAACAAUAUAAAACUAAAUUAAGUGAUUCUGUUCGUCGACGUCUUGUUAUUGAAAAUGAUGAUCGAUUAUUUUCAGUUAAAGAUUGCCUUUAUAUUCAUGAACAUACACGUAUACCAAUAUUAUUUGAUAAUCUUCAUCAUGCUUGUUUAAAUAAUGGUGAAACAAUGAUUGAAGCUAUGAAACAAUGUUUUGCUACAUGGCCUUAUGGUCAACGUCCAAUGAUUGAUUAUGCUACACAACAAAAAGGAAAACGUUUAGGUGCUCAUGCUGAUCAUAUUGAUGAAAAACAUUUUGAAUUAUUUAUAAGAGAAACAUGUGAUCUUCAAUUUGAUAUUAUGUUAGAAAUUAAAGAUAAAGAACAAAGUGCUAUUAUAGCAGUACCUUAUGCUGCUCGGGAACGUGUUCAUGAUCAAACAAUUAAUAUAGAUCCUGCAAAUUAUCGUUAUAUUUAUGAAAAUACACAACGUUUACAAGAUGAAAUCAAUGAACGUAAACGAAAACGUGCAGAAAAAAAACAAUUAAACAAAGCAACGGAUGAAGAUGAUGACGAUGAUGAUGAUGAUGAAGAUUAUAAAGCAAAACAUUAA